GUUCCUCUCUGCUGUCACUCAGGCAGCCUGGCCUCAUGGACUUGCUUUGUGUCUCCUCCUUGUUCCCUGUCCCGGACCCGGGAGCUGGAGCUCCUCCGGCCUUCGGCCCUCCCUCCGACCCAACGAGUCCCGCGGCCGCUCCUGGCGAGCCGAGCUGCCCCCAGGGAUCGGGGGUGUGCGCUGAGCGGAGCCGGCUGCCAGGCCCUGCCUCGGGGGUCUUUUUCUGCCUUCUGAGCUCUCUGCCCUUCUCCAGGGUGGGAAUGGCCCCUGUAUUCCUGACAGCGCCAGGCUGCAAAGAGGUCCAAAAGAAUUCAGUGACAUUCAAGGAUGUGGCCGUGGAUUUUACCCAGGAAGAGUGGGGAAACCUGGACCCUUCCCAGAAAGAGUUGUACAAGGAUGUGAUGCUGGAGAACUAUAGGAACCUUGUCUUCUUGGGACUUACAGUUUGGAAACCAGAUGUGAUCUCUCAGUUGGAAGAAGGAGAAGCACCUUGGAUGCAGAAUAGAGAACUACCAAAGAGCACCUAUCCAGGUUGGGAAACUAGGCCUGGAACCAAGGACACAGUUUGGGAAAGAUUCAGAAAGGAUGGUUUCCAUGACUCUAAAUUGGAAGAACCCUGGGAAUAUCAUGCUAGAUUGCAGGGGCUGCAGCUUAACAAUGCAAAAAAAUAUUCUAGCUCAUACCUUACUCAACAGCUGACCCUGCAUACUGGAGAGAAGCCUAACAAAUGUGAAAAUGCUUCCUGCUGCUGCUUACAAUUUACCCAACAUCAGAGCCUAUAUACUAGCAAGAAGCUUUGUGAAUGUCAUAUAUUUGGAACAGCAUUCCCCUCUAGCAAAUACAUUAACCACCAGCAGAGAAAUAAUAGUAGAGAAAAGCCUUAUGAACAUAAAGAUUGUGAGAAGGCCUUGAACAGGAGUUCACAGUUAACUGGUCAUCAGGAAAUUCAUACUGUAAAAGAUCCUUAUAAACGUAACAUUUGUGGGAAAGCCUUCUGUCAGAGUUUACAGUUAACUGUACAUCAGAAAAUUCAUACUGGAGAGGAGCCUUACAAGUGUAAACUUUGUGGGAAGGUCUUCAGCAGGAGUUCACAAUUAAGUGGGCAUCAUAGAAUUCAUUCUGGAGAGGAGCCUUCCAAUAAAUGUAAUAUUUGUGGGAAGACUUUCCGAAAGAGUUCACAGUUAAUUCUACAUCAGAGAAUUCAUACUGGAGAGAAGCCUUUCAAGUGUAAUUAUUGUGAGAGGGCCUUCCGCCGAAGUUCAAGGUUAACUCAACAUCAGAGAAUUCAUACUGGAGAGAAGCCUUAUGAAUGUAAAGAUUGUGGAAAGGCCUUCCACCAGAGUUCAGGGUUAACUCAACAUCAGAGAAUUCAUACAGGAGAGAAACCUUACAAAUGCAAUGAUUGUGGAAAGGCCUUCCGCCGGAGGUCAAAAUUAACACAACAUCAGAGAAUUCAUACUGGAGUGAAGCCUUAUGAAUGUAAAGAUUGUGGGAAGGCUUUCCACCAGAGUUCAGGAUUAACUCAACAUCAGACGAUUCAUACUGGAGAAAAACCUUUUAAAUGUAAUGAUUGUGGGAAGGUCUUCCGCCGGAGUUCAAAGUUAAUUCAACAUCAGAGAAUUCACACUGGAGUGAAACCUUAUGAAUGUAAAUAUUGUGGGAAGGCCUUCCACCAGAGUUCACAGUUGACUCUACAUCAUAGAAUUCACACUGGAGAGAAGCCUUAUAAAUGUAAUGAUUGUGGAAAGGCCUUCCAUCAGAGUUCAGAGUUAACUGUACAUCAGAGAAUUCAUACUGGAGAGAGACCUUACAAAUGUAAUAGUUGUGGGAAGGCCUUUUGCCGCAGUUCCAAAUUAACUGCACAUCAGAAAAUUCAUACUGGAGAGAAACCUUUUAAAUGUAAUGAUUGUGGGAAGGCCUUCCAUCACAGUUCUGAGUUAACUGUACAUCUGAGAAUUCAUAAUGGAGAGAAACCUUACAAAUGUAACCAUUGUGAGAAAGCCUUCCACAGGAAUUCAGAGUUAACUCGACAUCAGAGAAUUCAUACUGGAGAGAAGUCUUACAAAUGUAAUGACUGUGGAAAGACCUACUACUGGAGUUCAGGGUUAAUUCGACAUCGGAGAAUUCAUACUGGUGAAAAGCCUUAUGAAUGUAAAGAUUGUGGGAAAGCCUUUCAUGGAAGUUCACAUUUAAUUCGACAUCAGAGAAUUCAUACUGGAGAAAAGCCUUAUGAAUGCAAAGAUUGUGGGAAGGCCUUCAGUAUCAAAGUACACCUUACUCUGCAUCAGAGACUCCACUCUGGGGAGAAACCUUAUAAAUGUUAUGAAUGUGGGAAGGGCUUCCAUUGGAGCUCACAGUUAAGUGUACACCAGAGAAUUCACACUGGAGAGAAACCUUACAAAUGUAAUAGUUGUGGAAAGGCCUUCCCCCAGAGUUCAGAAUUAACUAGACAUCAGAGAAUUCAUACUGGAGAGAAGCCUUACAAAUGCAAUGAUUGUGGGAAGGCAUACAAUCAGAAUUCAGAAUUAAUUCGGCAUCAGAGAAGUCAUACUGGAGAGAAGCCUUACAAAUGUAGUGAUUGUGGGAAGGCCUUCACCCGGAAUUCAGAAUUAACUCGGCAUCAGAGGAUCCAUACUGGAGAGAAGCCUUACAAAUGUGACAAUUGUGGGAAGGCUUUCUUCCUGAUCAUGAAACUGACUCAACAUCAGAAGAUUCAUACUGGAGAGAAAUCUUAUAAAUGUAUUGAAUGUGGGAAGGCCUUCAAAGAGAAUUCUGGCCUAAUUAAACACAAGAGAAUUUGUUCAGGGAAGAAACGCUUUGAAUGUAAUGAAUGUGAUAAAGCUUUCAGCCAGCGUGCACACCUUAUUCAACAUCAGAGAAUUCAUACUGGAGAGAGACCCUAUGAAUGUAAUGAAUGUGGUAAAGCUUUUAGACGAACUAUAGACCUUACUCAACAUCAGAGAAUUCAUACUGGAGAAAAGCCCUAUGAAUGUAAUCAAUGUGAGAGAGCUUUCAGCCAGCGUGCACACCUUAUUCAACAUCAGAGAAUCCAUACUGGAGAGAGACCCUAUGAAUGCAGUGAAUGUUCAAAAGCCUUUAGCUGGAGUACACACCUUACUGAACAUCAGAAAAUUCACACAGGAGAGAAGCCCUAUGAAUGUAAUGAAUGUGGGAAAGCAUUCCGAAAAAGUACAGACCUUAAUCGACAUCAAAGAAUUCAUACUGGAGAGAAACCUUAUGAAUGUAGUGAAUGUGAGAAAGCUUUUAGCCAGCGUGCACAUCUUACUCAACAUCAGAGGAUUCAUACUGGUGAGAAACCCUAUGAAUGCAAUGAAUGUGGGAAAACCUUCAGAUGGAGUACACACCUUACUCAACAUCAGCGAAUCCAUACUGGAGAGAAACCAUAUGAAUGCAAUGAAUGUGGGAAAACUUUCCGUCGGAGUACUGAACUUACUCAGCAUCAAAGAAUUCAUACUGGAGAGAAGCCAUAUAAAUGUAAUGAAUGUGAGAAAGCCUUCAGCUGUAGGACACACCUUAUUCACCAUAAAAGUACUCAUAGUGGAGAGAAACCCUAUGAAUGCAACGAAUGUGGUAAAACCUUCAACCGUAGUUCAUCUCUUACUCAACAUCAGAGAAUCCAUACUGGAGAGGAACCGUAAACAUAUAGUGAAUGUGGAAAAACUUAUGAGAGAUGAUCUGUCACAUCAGACAAUUGAUAUUUGGGGAGUGUUAGAGUAUAGGCAUCUAAUAUUCGUAUGCUUUUAAGCAUAAAAAAGUAAUACGACCAGUAUUAGCCAACCCAUCAUAAAAAAGAAGAUAACAUGCUAGAACAUAAAAAGUAUACCAAUUUGAGGUUAAAAAACUUCAGGUUUGACCUCCUUGGCUUUCUUGACACUGCAGCUCAUGAUGACAUUUUGUCCCCACCCUCCCAUCCCCCCUUUUCCCCCUGCUUGCCUAUAAUUAUAUUUAACAUUACCUGAAUCCAUGACUUCAACUUUUGUUGUCUCUAUGUGAUGUGACUCCUCUGUUCCCCUAGUUUUACCUUGUGAUUGCUUAUUUAACUUUCACUUAAUUAUUGCUUAUCCUGGUCUGGUGCCUAACUCACUCUUCCAUUUAUUGGAACAGUAUUUUUUUACUGAUGCAAGCCUGGCUGUUAAGCCUUACCUUGCUAUAGUUGUUUGGCUGAAUAUAACAGAGAAAACAUCUAUGAAAAUAUUGGGUGUGGGAAAACUUUCAGCCAGUACACCUUACCCAAUAUCAGAAAAAUCUAUACUAGAGAGAAAUGUAAACAUAUGAAUAUAUGAAAGGGCUUCAGAAUCAACUCAACUUUUGAUAAAUGUUAUUUUGUUCAUAUUGGAGAGAAUUCCUGUGAAGAUAAUGAAUGUUUGGAACCCUUCUACCAGAGUACAUAACAUCAGGUAAUUUAUACUGGUGAGGAAUCCUAUGCAUAUAAUGAAUAAAAGUCUUCAAUUGUAGUUUAUCCCUCAUCUCACAUUGGAGCUUUCACAGUGGAGAGUAACCAUGGUCAAGUUACUGAAUGAAGGGAAAUCUUUCAGACUCAUCCUUUAGUUCAAUGACCUGCAGUCAAUAUUUCAGUUUGUCACCCAUCAACUCUGUUUUUAUUUGGUAUAUUCAAAAGUAUGGGCUUGGCACUGGUUUGUUAUCUUUCAUUAAACAGCCAGCCUAGGUAAGUUUGAAGAAGGCCUUCAGCAGAAAGUUGAUUACCAGGUGAAAAAUUAAUUUGGUCAAAAAACUCAUGAAGACUAAGUGUAGAAGGAUUGCAGACUGCAUUGUUGGAGUCAUGGAUCUUUGAAAUAUUGAUGUACUUGUAAGACAAAGUGUUUUUUUUUUUACCUUUUUUAAUUUCUCCCUUAAAUAUAAAUUGGCUGCUACCAGCUAGCGAUGGAAUUUUGCAAAUCUGAUUGUGCUGGUCUGUUUACUCAGAACAAUUAUUUAAGACCAAGAUUUCUGGAAAAUAUAGGUAUCUGAUCACUAAAGCAACUAAAGCUUUUGAAACAAAGAAAACAAUGGGACUUAAAACUUUUUGGAGCAAGGGAACUGAAUAGUCUAUUCUUACCUUUGUGGCAGGUCCCCUUACUGGAAAAUUGAAAUUUAAGUUUAGUAUUAUCACAUGAGAGCAAUGUUAUAAUGUAGGGUUGGGAAUCAAGAUUCUGAAGGUGACUGUUGUCCAAAGGUUUUUUUUUUUUAUAGAAGUGAUUUCAAAUACUUCAAUUAUAAAUGCUAUAGAUGCAUGAAAUCAAGUUUUCUUAAGUGUAUAUAGGUUGUUAAAUAGGGCAACUCAGUAAUGUAUCAUCUAAAAUUGUAUUUGAUAUGAACAUUUUCUUGUUGUUCAGACCUUUGAUUUCAUUAAUGUAGAGAACUCUUGUGUAGAAUUUAACAAUGAUGAUGCAGAUCAACAACUUGUUUUUAACUUGGAGUUAUAGAGAGGUACCUAGGAAAUUGAGAGAUUAAGUGAUUUGUCCAUGGUCCCGUAGCUAGUAUGUUCCAGAGGCAGGUCUUGAAUUUAAGUGUUCUGGAUUCCAAGGCCAGCCACUCUGUCUACUACUUCUUACUGUCUCUCUGGUUUCUUUAUUAUUCCUAUCUUAUUUUAUAUGGCAGUAAGUCAGAAGGUGAAGAAACACUUUCCCUAGGGUCAUGAAAUUCAGGAGGACUUCUUUUUGGGAUAUUUUCACAGGUACUUCUAAAAGGUUUUUGGGAAACUUAAGGGGAUUUUGAUGGCUUUUUGAGAAACUAAUCCAGAAACUUAUUUUUGUAUCCCUUUUUAUUCACUGUAAAUUUUUUUCCUUUGAGAAGCAUAGAGAUUUAUGUGAAAGCAUGGCAUAAUGGAAAGAUUUUCCAUCAAAGUCAGGGAAAUCUGAAUUAAACUCAUGCCUCCAGCAGAUGCAGGCUGUGUAACACUGGGCAAAUUACUUAGCCUCUCAGUGCCUUAGGUAACUUUUUAAGACUAGAAGUUGAUUGGUGCCAAUCUUCAUUGGUAGAAGAAAUCUCUCCUAGCGAGUAUCUUGACAUUGAUGAAAUCAUAGGUCCCUUCCCACCCCUGGCAUUUGAGAUCAAAUUAGUUAUUCUAAUUUGAAAGCAAGAUGCUUUUCUGUAGUUUGAGGUACCAUCUUGUUACCAGUUAACUUAAAUUGUUUUCUUUGUCAUGCUUCACCAUUGGAAUGAAUGGAUGGGCAUGAUUAAAGGCAGCUCAUAAACAGAACAGCUAUGAAAAAAAAAACAAGCAAAAACAGUGCUUAUUGUGGUUGUGUGAACCCUACAGAAAUUACUUUUUUCCUUCCAACUCCUUCCCUCUCUGUCCCCACACCCCUCCAGUUUUGUUGUAUAUGUGGUACAUUUGUGUGGGUUUAAUACAACUGGAAUAGUUUAAUUCA